AUGGCUGCUACAAGAAACGAAGGAGAGACGUUACUACCAGAUAUUGAGGAGGAGACAGAAGGGAUGGAAGGUGAAAUGGAGUCUGAUGAAGGAGAGGGAAUGGGGGUCGAAAAUUCGUGCGAUGAAGAAGAUGACACAUCAGAGGACGAACGUGAGAACGAGGCCGAAAUUCAGCGUUUGGAAGAACAGCUUUCCAUCAAUGCAUUUGACUACAACUGUCACGUGGACCUGAUCAAACUCUUGCGUCAGGAGGGGAAACUGCACAGGCUGCGCAAAGCCAGACAGAAGAUGAGUGAGCUUUUUCCUCUCACUGAAGAGAUUUGGCUGGACUGGUUGAAAGACGAGGUUGGGCUGGCUGAAGAUGACGCUGACAGGGAGAAAGUGUAUGGGCUCUUUGAGAAGGCCGUGAAGGAUUACAUCUGUCCAGAUAUCUGGUUGGAGUACGCUCAGUAUUCAAUCGGUGGAAUGGGAGUUGCAGGAGGCAUUGACCGCACCAGGUCUGUUUUUGAGAGAGCCCUGACUGCGGUGGGCCUGCACAUGACCAAAGGAGCUUCACUUUGGGAGGCGUACAGGGAGUUUGAGAUCGUCAUGUUGUCUACAGUUCAGCCGGCUCCGGGCAGCAUUCCCACACGUGAGCAGCAGGAGCUGUUGAAUGUCCAGCUUGAGCGGAUCCACAACCUGUUCCGGCGCCAGCUGGCUGUUCCUCUCUUAGACAUGGAGAAUACCUAUGCGGAGUACAGUGAGUGGGCGGAUGAGGGGGUGCCAGACAGCGUCACUCAGAACUACAGAAAAGCUUUGCAGCAGCUGGAGAAGAGGAAACCAUACGAGGACGCUUUGUUGGUUUCAGAGCCCCCCAAACUGGCUGAGUACCAAACCUACAUAGACUAUGAGCUGAGUGAUGGAGAUCCAGCCAGGAUUCAGCUUGUCUUUGAGCGGGCGCUGGCGGAGAACUGCCUGGUCCCAGAUCUGUGGGUCAAAUAUACUACUUAUCUGGACCGACAGCUGAAGAUCAAAGACCUGGUCUUGUCUGCUCACGAGAGAGCGGUGAGAAACUGUCCCUGGACCAUGACUCUGUGGAGGGGUUUCCUCUUGGCCCUGGAGAGACAUGGGGCAGAACAUCAGAUUGUAUCAGAGGUUUUUGAGAAGGCUCUGGCUGCUGGAUUCAUCCAGGCCAUGGAUUAUGUGGAGAUCUGGCAGGCUUACCUUGACUACCUGAGGCGGCGUGUGGAUUUCAGUAAAGAGUGGAGCAGGGAGCUGGAGGAGCUGCGGGCAGCGUUCACUCGUUCUCUGGACUAUCUCAAACAGGACGUGGAGGAAAGGUUCAGUGAGAGUGGAGAUCUCUCAUGCUCUAUAAUGCAGAUUUGGGCCAGUGUUGAAGCCCGGCACUGUAAGAACAUGCAGAAAGCCCGGGAAUUGUGGGAUAGCAUCAUGACAAAAGGGAAUGCCAAAUAUGCCAACAUGUGGUUAGAGUAUUACCAUCUGGAGAGGUUGUAUGGAGACACACAGCACUGCAGAAAAGCUCUCCACAGAGCUGUACAGUGCACCUCUGACUACCCUGAACACCUGUGUGAGGUCCUCCUCACCUUUGAAAGAGUUGAAGGUUCUCUAGAAGACUGGGAUGCUGCCGUCUUGAAGACUGAGAGCAAAUUGGCUCGUGUCGGUGAGCAGAGAGCCAGAGUGGCAGAGAAAGAGGCUGAGCUAACGCGGCAGGAGGAGGAGAGGACCGAGCUGCGGAGGAGGGCGAAAGCAGACAAGAAGGCCCAGAAGAAAAAGCAGAAAGCAAACAAAGCAGGGGAAAAGAGAAAAGCCGAAGGUGAAGGGGAGGACGAGGAUGAGUGGGAGGAGACAGAGCAUUCUGCAAAGCGACACAGGGGUGACGGAGAGGGAGAGGCAGGGGCGGAUGAACAGAUGGAGACGGAGAGCGGAUUGUUUGGUCGAAGAACUUUUUCAUCUCGUAAAAUGGAACUUUCAGUGGCGCGGAAAGGUCAGCAGGAGGCAGCAGAGGUUGCACGAAAGUUUCAGGAAACCACGCGAGACCAGCGCAGCGACCAGAAGAGCGUGUUUGUCAGUAAUCUGGCUUUCACACUGGAUGACCCCGAGGGCAGAAUGAGGAGUCUCUUUACGGACUGCGGCUCCAUCCAGCAGGUCCGACCCGUGUUCUCCAGUAAGGGCGUCUUCAGGGGGUACUGCUACGUCCAGUUUGACGAUCAGUUGGCUGUACCUAAAGCUUUAAAAUUGGACCGUCAGGACGUGGAGGGAAGACCCAUGUUUGUGUCACCAUGUGUGGACAAGAGCAAGAAUCCAGAGUUCAAGGUGUUCAAAUACAGUCCAUCUCUGGAAAAACACAAGAUCUUUGUAUCUGGACUGCCCUUCUCCUGCACCAAAGAGCAACUGGAGGAAAUCUGUCAGCAGCAUGGCACUGUGAAGGCCAUCCGCCUGGUUACCAACCGCUCCGGCAAACCCAAGGGUUUGGCUUAUGUGGAAUUUGCCGAUGAGGCUCAGGCAUCGCAGGCGGUGAUGAAGAUGGACGGAAUGACUCUAGAGAAACACACGCUGUCUGUUGCCAUUAGCAACCCACCGAGCCGCCGAAACACAGACACGGCGGGAAGCCACAGACCACUGGGAGCCGCGAUGCCCCGCCAGCUACACGGAGCACGAGGGAAAGGCCGCACACAGAUCUCUCUCCUCCCGCGAUCACUGCAUCGCCAGAGCAGCACAGAGCCCAAAACCGAAAACGGCACCGCGGCUACGGCGGCCGAGAGCUCCGGGCAGGAUCGCCAAACCAAGCCCAUGACUAACGAGGACUUUGUUCGGAUGCUCUUGAAGAAGUGAGACCGCGUCCUGCUUUAGCAUUAGGAGUCGCUGCCUUUGACAGAAAAGCCAUUUUGUGUCCUUACUAACAGGCAAACGCUGCCCUGUUUUUUUCCUCUGUAAAUAUUUGACACCCUGAUAAUUAUAUGAAAGAUUUUAAACCUCAGUCAUGCUUCCUCUGGAAUGGCAGAAUUGAGACCAGAAGUAUUUUUUUAACACAAUGUUAAAAACAACCAGAUUUGUGUAUUAUGUUUGCUUUUCUUUUAAAAGCUAUAUGCAAGAGAUCGACAUGUAUUCUGACCCUACGUUGUACUAUACAUAGUGUGUAUAUAGUAAAGUGCAGAGGUGAAUUUUUUAGUGUUGAUGUCAGAAACCUGCUGUGCGCUUUUGCUUCACACUAAAUGGUCUGGAUUAGUAAUGAUCUGGAUCUGUACAGAUAAUUUAUUGACAGACCCUCCAUCACUGAAAGCUGACUCCGUCUGAGAGCCUUAAGCAGCCGUCAGGCGAUUUAAAGUGAAAUCGUUGGGAUGUCUGAGAAGCAGGUUUCCAGCUGCCAACUUUCCCCUUUGUACGGUUUUACCUUUACACUGAGGUGUGUGUGUGUGUGUGUGUUAGAUACAGUAAUGUAGUGUUUUUGUGCCUGGUGUGCUGCCUGCCUUGUUGGUGU